AUGCAUCUUUCCAACAUCAUCUCAUUCAUCUUAGGUGGCUUGCUAGCAGCACCUCUCGCACUGGCAAACCCAGACCUCAAGCCCUGGCUAAUCUCCCACCUCAGCACCUUUAGCCCCCCUGACCGCGAGGGCAGCUCCCCUUGGAGCGUCAUCAACAUCACCAUCGUCGACCCCAAUGGCAUGAUUUCCAACCCCACAAUCUGCGCCACUAAAUGGACCUUCGAGGAACCGCCGUACGACAAAGUCAACGCGUGCUCUGAUAUCCCCGGCGGGCAGUGGAGUUUUGCCAUGCUGGAAUCGGAUUCUGCGAAUCCCUCCCCUACGACCGAUUUUAAGGUGCGCUUUGAGUUGAAGAAGGGGGGUGAGGUGUUUGAGGGGACGGAGGGGUUCAAGGUUGGGGACAAUAUGAGUGGACUGUGCUCGGCGGGCGGGGUGUGUUCGUUUGGGUUGAAGGAGGAGAACACGCCGUUUCCUGUGGUUCAGGCCAAGAUUGAGUAA